AUGCUUCCACGUAAUUCUUUAUCCAACAAGGUCAACACAAAGGCAAAGGUGGCUAAUGCAAAGGCUAAACAAGAUAAGAAGAAGACUUGGGCAGGUUUAACCCUGGAAGAUUUGAAAACCCUCGGUCAGAAGAUAAAGGAAUGCUUUAAAUGGAACCACUCACCACAGGAGUUCCAGCUCGACACUAUCAAGGCCCAGCUACUGCGAAAAGAUGUUCUUAUCCAUGCCGGUACGGGGUCAGGGAAAACAUUUGUUGCAGCUGGACCUCAUGCCCAUGAGGCGACGAAAGGUAUGGUAACCUUCAUGGUAUCGCCGCUGAUCGCGCUACAAGAAGAACAGGUUAGCUGUCAGCGAAAUACAUGUUUGGUUGAUGACAUGUCUACCCAGGCAGAAAACUUUCGCAAUGAAUUCAAACUUACUGCUAUCGCAAUAAACAGUGCGCAUGGGGGCUGUACAAAAGAAAUAAUGGCGGUACGAAACNCGUGCCAUGCAUUCUACUAUAACUAA